CCAGAUCGAUCCAAGAUCGGCCCGUCUGAAACCACCUCCCCACUCCGGCCGUCGCCUCUCUCCCCCACAGCUCGAAUCCGCCACCGCCCGCCGAACCCCGCGGCACCGCGGCAUGGCCUCUGCUAUUCGCCGCUCCCCCCUACGAAACACAACUCCCCUCGCCCCAGAUUGAUGCGCGACCCCAUGGGGCCCCCGAAUCCGCCGCCCCAGAUCCACGCAUCGGGGCGGUCGGGCUGGAGCAGGCGCCGGAGGCCGUGGCGCCGGGCCGGAGCAGCGCCGGAGGCCACGGCGGCGGGGCUGGAACGGCGCCGGAGGUCGCGGGGGGCUUGGCGCUGAAGGGAAGAAGAACCCAAGGGGAAAGGUCGCGCUCUCGCGGACGGGAUGUUGCUCAUGGCUGCGCCGGCGUGGUACCAGAUGGAGCGGCUCCGCGUGCUGGUGGUCGGCGGCGCCUCGCUGCGGGACAGCAUCGUGAGGGACGCCAUCGCCGCCGUCGCGUGCCCCAAGCUGCCAACCUCGCCCCUCCUCAGAUCCUCCCGCUGCUGCUCCUCAAAUCCACACGCUGCUCCCCUCCUCCCAAGCGCGACCUCGAGGCCGCGUACUGCCUGUGCCUCUACAUUGAACCCUCGUUCUGCGGUGGCUGCUCAGUGCCACCGAGGUGGAGUUGGUCAUGAGGAGCACUGCAUCGGCCACCAUCGCAAGAUUUACCGCUUGUGCGCAGGACUGCAUAAAAACUAUUGCUCCGUCCGCAUCCCGUCGUCGUCUAAUCCUGUGGACUGUGGAGCGAGGUUCUCUGGCGGUGAACUAUAGCUGAGGGGCCCUGCAUGCAAGGGAGUUUUCAGUUCUUUCUUAGUAAAUUUGGGUUGUUCUGUUUACAUUGGGGUUUGCUGACUCCAAACACUAGGGUGGUCGAGAGAUUGGUAGGAAGAUUAUUCGGGUAGAGAUGGAUCAAGGCAAGGGCUAAGGGUACCCCUGGACUUCUUCAAUGGACGCCAUUUUAGAAGCAGCAGCGCACUGCCGACAUUGGAGAUUACACUUGUUUUGGCUCCUGUUUCAAGAGAGGAGCAUCUUCCAUGGCUCCUUGAUGCCAAGAGGUUUACUGCACUUGUUCCUUUUGUUUUUGCCAGUUCUGUUCCCUUGAUACUGAUUGAAAACUUAGUUAAUUUGACACUGCUAGAUAAAGAGACUACAAAAAUGAGUUGAUUGAAUAUUCUGGAUGAACAUGGAAUAGCUAAAGUAGUUGCAUAAACAAGGAUUUGCUCCAAUCAGAAAGCAACAGCAAUCAGAAAUGAGAUUCAUGUGUGUUCUGAUUACUUGUAGCUAUAAAUGAUAUCUUUCACUGCCCAAAUGCUCUAGUUUUAUAUGUGAAAGAAUAUGUGAAAGAGGAAUGUGUAACAUGAGGCUUACUAGUUUGCAGCCCAUAUGAGAUUCAAGAGUGUUUUAGCUCAUCUAUGAUCCAAGUCAUCCAACAUUUUGUCUAACACGAAGAUGAACUAUUGUCCUUUGUAUUAUAUUUGAGUCUGAUUGUGUUCUUUUGGUAAGCAAUGUGUGAUUAGUUUUCCAAUUCCAAUUGUGAAUGAUCUAAAUUGCUUCUCAAAUGAAAACUAGGAUAUGGGCUUAGACCUCCGGGUAGGCAACAAGUAGAGCAACGAAAAGUUCGGUAGUUGCCCUCUACUAAUACUUGCAUACCCUUUAGACCAUAAAUUUGUUGGCAUGCAAGGCUGUUUAAAAUGCAAACAUGAUUUCUAAACAAUAUUUGUAAAUUUUUAUAUGACCUACAUUUUGUGUCCAUUAACAAUGACUUGUAGCUUUGUGCUGAAAAAUGCUGAAUUUUUUUUGUCUAUCUUUGCUGCUGUUGGUGUCUAUUUUGUGAAAUGAAAAUCCCUUGUCUAUUCUGCUUGAUUAUUUCCCCUGGGUUGCUGACUUGAGGCCAGAUUAGAAUUCUAUCUAUUGGUCUAAUGAUUUUCUGAUUUCUUAUUCUAUGUCAGUACCUAUGGUGAAUUGAUUGAUAUUGUGACUAUUAUAAUAUUGCUAUCUACCAUCAGUAAAUUGGCCACGGUUAAGAAUUGUUUGUCUAUCAUAUUUGUUCCAAUAAGAAUGACUUGCUGCUGAGUAUGGCUGAUGCAUACAAAUUCUUUUAUUCAGCAGGAUAUUUGAACGUACAUGGAUCACUUGGACAUGGAUGCCUUUCAUGGAUACAAGGAAUGAUGCACUGUCAACCAAUGUUUGCUGUAGCAUACAUAAGAUAGAUGUCGUUGUGCUGAAUACCCAACACUAGCUAGCUAUGAACUAUUUUCAAUUCAGAUAAUGUAUUGGGCACUUUACAUACUAUUUUUUACUGAUUGCCACAAUUGAUGAUGGAUUCAUUUCAUAUUCAUGAUAUAAUUCACGUUUUUUUUCAUAA